UACUUCGUCACUCGUUGGUUCUCACUGGUAAUGCAGAUUAGGGCAAAUCAAAUCUUGUCCUGCUCUGCUCUCGCAGCUUUUGGAUGAGACAUCACUAAAUGGGAAGGAAGAAUGUUUCGUUUCGUAUCGCACGUUGAUAUUAUCCUCAUUAAUGUCGGAGAGAUCUAACCGUAUUGGCGGCAGUUAUUGUUGAUCCAUUUAGUUGAUGCUUCUCUCCCAAUUCCCGCUUUCUCUCAUGGACUCGAUCUGGAGUCACCCUGGCAUUCCCGACUCUUGGCAUUUCCUCAUUGCUAUCUACUUCGCCUUCGCUUUCGUUUUGGCUAGGUUCCUCUUGGACAGCUUCUUCUUUCGUAGGCUGGCCAUCUGGUCAUUGAGUAGUGGAGCUGUUACAGUGAAGAUCAAUGAGGCUAAGCAGGCAAAGAUUGCGAAGAUCUCAGAGUCUAUGUGGAAACUAACAUACUAUGCCGCGGUACAAGUUUGCAUUCUUACAAUUACAUACCAUGAACCCUGGUUCAGGGAUACAAAAGAAUACUUCAGAGGCUGGCCAAACCAAGAGCUUAAGUUCCCUUUGAAGCUUUUCUACAUGUGCCAAUGUGGGUUCUAUAUCUACAGCAUUGCUGCUCUUCUUAGAUGGGAGACUCGAAGGAAGGAUUUCAGUAUUAUGAUGUCUCAUCAUAUAAUCACGGUUAUUCUGAUUGGAUACUCAUACAUUACAAGGUUUUUUCGGAUUGGUUCAAUUAUUCUUGCUUUGCAUGAUACAAGUGAUGUAUUUAUGGAAGCUGCUAAAAUCUUCAAGUAUUCUGGGAAAGAGUUUGCAGCUAGCUUGUUAUUUGGGUUCUUUGCUGUCUCAUGGCUCAUGCUAAGGCUAAUAUUCUUUCCGUUUUGGGUUAUUAAGACAACAAGCUAUGAUUUGUGUGAAUACCUGAUGCUAUCGGAGACUUAUCCCACGUCAGUGUACUAUGUUUUCAAUACGAUGCUAUUGAUGCUACUUGUGUUCCACAUGUACUGGUGGAUUCUCAUAUGCUCCAUGGUCUUGAGACAGCUGAAAAAUAGAGGCAAAGUAGGAGAAGAUAUCCGAUCAGAUUCAGAGGAUGAAGACUAAGCGGAGAUGAGAGUAAUUUUGAUGAAUCAUCCUUAUUGUGGAGAUAUUCACAUCUUUUUUAGUAGGAGGAGA